AUGGCAAACAAUUCAAAGCGUAGAGCUUCGAGGACUUCCUCCGUGAACUCGGAAUCAAACACCUCCCGACCUCGAUGGAGCAUUCCCAAACCAAUGGCCAAGUUGAAGCCGCAAACAAGGCUGACCUACGGAGCCAAUGCCAUGAUUCUAGUGGAGGUCGGUGAAACAUCUCAUCGGCGUCACACCUUCGACAAUGAGCAAAACGCUCAAGAAACGGUGGUCGUCAAAAUCGACUACCCGAUCAAGCAAAUCUUGAGAAAGCCGGAGCUCGCCGGACGCAUUAUAGCAUGGUCAGUAGAGCUGUCCGAGUUUCGCAUCCAAUAUGAAAGCCGCAGCCCCUUAAAAGCUCAAUGCCUGGCAGAUUUCGUGGCCGAACUCACCCCAACCUCGGCUGAAGAACAACAGGUAUGGACUUUACACGUUGAUGGAGCCUCGAAUUCUAAAGGUGGUGAUGCAGGUAUCAUUUCUGAGGGACCAAAUAAAGUCACCGUAGAGAAGUCUCUCAAAUUUGGCUUCAAAGUGACCAACAAUCAAGCAGAAUAUGAAGCGCUACUAGCAGGAUUGAGCUUGGCACGUGACCUCGGAGCACAGCGGGUGAGUUGCAACAGCGACUCAAAACUCAUGGUAGAGCAGCUUAGUGCGGCAUACCAGACCAAGGAUACCCUUCUCCAGAGGUACUUCCAUGCAGCAUCCCAGGAGAUCUCGUCUUUUGACGAGUUCACCAUACACCAUGUGCCCCGAGAGCAGAAUGCCAGAGCCGACCUCCUAUCCAAGCUCGCCAGUACCAAGCGCCCCAGACAACACCAAACCAUCAUCCAGGAGACUCUGAAUUCACCUAGCCUGGACGACAAGGUCGUCAAUGCUAAUGACAACGGAGACCAAGGAUGGAUGACAGGUAUUUGGAACUACCUAAAGGAGGGAACCCUACCCGAGGAAAAGGAUGAAGCUUGGAAGACGAGGGUAAGGUCAACUAAGUUCGUCAUCGUCAAAGAUGAACUGUUCAAACGCGGCAUCUCUACUCCUUUACUAAAAUGUUUAGCGGGGUCCCAAGCCACAUAUGUCAUCGAGGAGAUCCAUCGAGGGAUAUGUGGUAUGCAUUUCGGGGCACGCUCGAUGGCGAUCAGGGUGCUCCGAGCUGGGUACUACUGGCCCACAUUGAAGUCAGAUUGCCAAGCUUAUGUGCAAAAAUGUAAGGAAUGCCAGCAGUUCGGCAAUGCACAUCGACAACCACCUGAAGUCUUUCACCAGAUGAUGUCACCGUGGCCUUUCGCCUAA